AACGCGAGCGUGACAAGUUUUGACUCGGAUUUUUUAGAAAUUUCUCGAAAAAAGUAGUCAAAAUGAAGAUCGAAGAAGUAAAAAGUACCACUAAAACCCAGCGGAUAGCUACCCACAGUCAUAUUAAAGGACUUGGGUUGGAUGAAACUGGCGCAGCGAUUCAAUCUGCUGCUGGAUUGGUCGGCCAAGAACUUGCUCGUGAGGCGGCUGGUGUUAUUGUCGAACUUAUCAAAAGCAAGAAAAUGGCAGGUCGGGCUGUUCUCCUUGCAGGUCCACCAGGAACUGGGAAAACUGCCAUAGCUCUGGCAAUAGCACAAGAACUUGGGAGCAAAGUUCCAUUUUGUCCGAUGGUUGGAAGUGAGGUGUAUUCUUCUGAGAUCAAGAAGACAGAGGUUUUGAUGGAGAAUUUCCGCCGUGCCAUUGGUCUGCGAAUCAAGGAAACUAAGGAGGUGUAUGAAGGAGAGGUGACAGAGUUGACACCUGUUGAGACGGAGAACCCAAUGGGAGGUUAUGGUAAGACAGUAAGCCAUGUUGUGAUAGGCCUGAAGACAGCCAAGGGAACAAAGCAGCUUCGCCUGGAUCCUUCCAUCUAUGAGAGUUUACAGAAGGAGAAGGUGGAGGUUGGAGAUGUCAUCUACAUUGAGGCCAACAGUGGAGCAGUCAAGAGACAAGGUCGAUCUGACACAUACGCCACAGAGUUUGACCUGGAGGCUGAGGAGUAUGUGCCGCUCCCCAAGGGAGAUGUCCACAAGAAGAAAGAAGUCAUUCAAGAUGUCACACUUCAUGACUUAGACAUUGCUAAUGCACGGCCGCAGGGAGGUCAAGAUAUCAUCUCCAUGAUGGGACAGCUUAUGAAACCAAAAAAGACAGAGAUUACUGACAAAUUACGAAAGGAGAUCAACAAAGUGGUGAACAAGUACAUUGACCAGGGUAUUGCUGAGCUGGUGCCUGGAGUGUUGUUCAUUGAUGAGGUCCACAUGUUGGACAUCGAAUGCUUCACAUACCUACACAGAGCAUUAGAGUCCUCCAUCUCACCUAUAGUUAUCUUUGCCACCAAUAGAGGGAAAUGCUUAAUCAGAGGAACAGAAGAUAUUUUGUCACCACAUGGAAUGCCCCUUGAUUUGUUAGACAGAGUGAUGAUUAUCAGAACACUGCCGUAUUCCAAGGACGAGAUGGCACAGAUUAUUAAGAUUCGAGCACAGACUGAGUCGAUUAGUGUGACUGAAGAUUCAUUAGCAGCUCUGGCUGACGUUGGUGUGAACUCAACUCUAAGGUAUUCUGUACAGCUUCUGACACCAGCAAAACUCCUCGCCAAGAUCAAUGGAAAAUCAGAUAUUUCUCGAGAAGAUAUUGAGGAAAUCAACACACUCUUUUUCGAUGCCAAGUCCUCAGCAAAGAUUCUCGCUGCACAUGAGGAUAAAUAUAUGAAAUAGGAGACACUGACAAGCCUAUAGACAUUUGAGAUUGUGAUCAGAGCAAUACCAUUCUUUUUAUCUCUACAGUAUACUUGAGUUCCUGUCAUUGAUCUGGUUCUUCAAAUUGUUUUGUACCUCUUGUUGUGUUUCAUUCAUGCUGUACCUGAUUAUUACAUUUCUUUCUACACUUAUCCAUGGAGAUGGAACAAAACCAAAGGCACCAUGCUACCUGGUUUCUCAAGAUGCUAGAUCGUUUUGGUCACAUUCUUUGUUGGUUUUUGCAUAUUUUUUUUCUUGAAAUAAAUUGUCCAUAAUAUUUUAUACAAACAGUUGUUAGGAUUCAUUUAUCAGUUGUGGGUAGGUACAGAGCUCAGCUAUCACAAACUGAGGCAAUCUGUCCAACUUAAAGAGAAUCACAU